AUGCAGAAUCUGUCUCCCGAGGGGCGCAGCUCUUUCGUGUCCCGGCUCUGGUUUUCCUGGUUCACGGGUCUCGUGUUGCUGGGGUGGAAGCGCCCGCUCGCUUUUCCUCACCUUUGGGACCUCGAUGGCGAGGAUACGUCGAAGAGUGCUGCUGCAGCUUUCGACAGAAACUUACGGAGGCUGAACGGAUCAACGGUCGCACAGAGGCGAGACGAUAGGAGCUCAGCAGAUGACGGCGUGAACGAUCCAGGAAGGAGAAUAUCCAUCGUGAGUCCUUUAUGGAAGGCAUACGGAGCCCCAUUCCUCUUCAACGGAUUCCUCCAGCUGCUCGGUGACUUGAUGGGAUUCGCAAGUCCGUUGCUGCUCCGUCAGUUGAUCUCGUUCGUAAGCGGAGAUGCACCUCUGUGGCAAGGCUGCGUCUACGCGGCCGGGUUGCUCCUCGUCGCCGUCCUGCAGGCUAUUCUUUACGGGGCGGCGUUUCAGAGGUCCAAGCUGAUCGGGAUGCGGAUGAGAGCGGCAGUCAUUUCCGUCAUCUAUAGGAAGUCCUUGCGGUUGUCGCCGGCGGCGCGGAAGGAGCGCACGGUCGGCGAGAUGGUCAACUUGAUGUCGGUGGAUGCGACGCGGUUCCUGGAACUCUCUGGCAACCUGAACAUGGUUCUCACUUCGCCCGUUCAGAUCGGAUUGGCUUUCUAUCUCCUCUGGGCUCAGAUCGGGAUUUCCCUGUUGGCCGGGGUGGGGGUCAUCAUUCUCGUCGUUCCCAUCAACAGCCUGAUAGCUGCUCGCUUUCAGAAACUCCAAGUGCAGCAAAUGGAAGAGAAGGACCGCCGAGUGAAGCUCAUGAGUGAAGUUCUCAACGGGAUCAAGGUGCUGAAGCUGUACGCAUGGGAGCUGGCUUUCCAGCGGCGUGUCUCGAGCAUACGAGACAAGGAGCUCCGCCUGCUCCGGGAGCAAGCCUUCCUGGGAGCAAUGAACUCGAUGGUCUGGACGUGCACUCCGUUCCUGGUGUGCUUGGCGUCUCUCGCGGCGUUUGUGCUGGUGGACGAGAGCCACGUCUUGGAUGCUUCCACGGUCUUCGUGUCCCUGAGUCUUUUCCGGAUCAUGCGGUCACCCCUCGCAUAUCUCUCGUAUCUGACGACUAGCAUCAUUCAGGGGGACGUGGCAUACGUCCCACAGGAAGCUUGGAUUCGAAAUGCUUCGAUCAAGGAUAAUGUUCUUUUUGGGAAAUCAUGGAAUGAAACGUUCUACGAGGAGAUUGUGGCGGCCUGUGCUCUGGAACAAGACUUGGCUCAGCUCCCGGCUGGGGACCUGACUGAAAUUGGGGGAAAGGGCAUAAACCUGAGCGGAGGACAGAAGCAGAGAGUGAGUCUGGCGAGGGCAGUCUACAGCGAUGCGGAUGUUUUCUUCAUGGACGAUCCUCUCAGUGCUGUAGACAGUAACGUGGGAAAGCACGUUUUUGAGCAUGUGAUUGGACCUAGAGGGAUGCUGAGGAACAAGACUCGGGUGCUCGUGACGCACGGAGUGACCCACUUGCCACAAAUGGACCUCAUCGUCAUGAUGCAAGGCGGCGGAAUCAUGGAGACCGGGACAUAUCAAGAGUUGCUGGAGAGGAAGGAAGCGUUCUCUCAUUUUGUCCUUCAGUUUCUUCGCGAAGAAAAAGAGGACGACUCAGAAGAGGAUUUGGAGGAAAUGAAGCAGGAAGUGGAGAACGUGAUGGGGCUGAAGAUUCCGUGCAAGCGAAUGUCAAAACAGCAGGCGAGCAGCUUUCAAAGUGGAAGAGUUAAACCGGUUUCUGUCAGUGAGGUAUUAAAUAUAGGAAGAGGAAGAAACGCAUCUCAAGGUGCGACUGAAGGUCGACUCAUUCAGGAUGAAACUGCUGAGAAGGGAAGGGUGAAGUGGCUCGUGUACGUGUAUCUCCUGAAGAGCAUGGGCCUGUCCUUGGCAUCGGUCAUGAUCCUCAUGCAUGGGCUCAGCGAGGGAUUUCUCGUCGGCUCGAACAUGUGGCUCUCCAGAUGGUCCAACGAGGCCUCCUCGAAUGGCACCACCGCCACCUCACGAAGGAACGAGUACCUGGGAGUCUACACUGGGCUGGGACUUCUCCACGCUGGCGCCUAUGCCACUGGCGCCUGGAUGCUUUGGGUCUUGAUUUGCAAGGCUGGGGGGAAACUUCAUGGGAACUGCCUCCGAAACGUCUUGAGAAGCUCGCAGACUUUCUUCGAUACGAAUCCGGUGGGAAGGAUUCUGAACCGAUUUUCUCAGGAUAUUUCAACUGUGGACGAGAGGAUCUCCCAAUUCUUGAUGAAUCUCAUCAUUUGUGGUUUCGAGGUCUUGGGAACCUUGGUGAUCAUCAUCUACGCUGUUCCAUGGUUUCUUGCUGCUGUCAUCCCCAUCAUGACUGCUUAUUACUUUGUCCAGAACAUGUACGUCUCAACAGCACGGCAGCUGAAAAGGCUUGAAUCUAUAUGGCGAUCCCCAAUCUAUUCCCAUUUUGGAGAUACUGUGAAUGGAAUCUCAUCCAUCCGAGCAUACGGACGAGAGGAACAGUUUAUCAAAGAAUCAGAGGAAGGUGUCGAUAACAAUAACAAGUGUCUAUGUCCAAGAUUCACAGCUGCCAGUUGGUUGAGAGUCCGACUUGAAGCGCUUGGAGGCAUCAUAGCAUUCAUUGCUUCCCUUCUUGCCGUGCUUGGGAGGAGUUCCUUGAGUCCUGCUUUGGCUGGUUUGUGCAUCACCUAUGCCAUCUCUAUUUCGAAAACGUUCAACUGGAUGGCGCGGAUGGUGAGCGAAGUGGAGACGAACAUCGUGUCUGUGGAGAGAAUCAAGGAAUACUGCGAGACCCCUACGGAGGCUCCAUGGGAGAUCCCGGAGAAGGAACCAAAGGAGGACUGGCCCCAGGAAGGACGUGUUUCCUUCCGAGAGUAUCAGACGAGAUACCGAGAAGGCCUAGGGCUUGUUUUGAAAGGUAUAUCCGUGGACAUAAGAGGAGGCGAGAAGGACCCAGUGCUUUUCUCGGGGAACCUCCGCAUGAACCUGGAUCCGUUUGAGAAGCACACAGAUGAGGAGAUAUGGAUAGCCCUCGAAUUGUCGCACCUGAAAGCCUUCGUGAAGGAUCUCCCGCAGGGACUUCAACAUCCCGUUGCAGAGGGAGGACAGAACCUUAGUGCUGGCCAGAAGCAACUCAUCUGCCUUGCAAGGGCACUGCUCAGAAAGACUAGAAUCCUUGUACUCGAUGAGGCAACAGCCGCGGUCGACCUAGAAACAGAUGAGCUCAUUCAGAAUGCGAUCCGGAGGGAAUUCAAGAGCUGCACGAUUCUCACCAUUGCUCAUCGCAUCAACACCAUCAUGGAUUAUGAUCGGGUGCUGGUCUUGGAUGAAGGAGAGAUCAAGGAAUUCGACAGUCCGAUGAAACUUCUGGAAAACUCGAAGUCAAUCUUCACCGAUCUAACAAGGAACGCAGGCCUCAAUGUUCGACAAUGA